AUGACCUAUAAAAAUUUAAAGGCUGUUUAUCCAUUAACAUGCAACAGUGAAAAAUGUGUUAUGGAGUUGGAUGAAGAUCAGAUAAAAAACUUUUAUGGAAAUAGUAUUAAUAAAUGUAUGGAUAUAAAGAAUAAAGAUUUAUGUAAUCAGCCAGUUGACCUAACAAAUUUCAUGUAUCCAAUAAAUUAUGUUCUCUCUGGAUUACCAUCAACUGAAGGUGGUAAAUUGCAACUUACUGCAAACCUUUCAAACCGUAUAUCAACCCCAGAAGAGAUAGAACAUCUAACUGCAAUAAAGAUACAACAAAUUUAUCAAUAUAAUACCCAAGAACAAGAAAGAGAACAGUUAAAUGAUCUACAACAGAUUAGACAACAAAUUCCACUACAACAACAAAUUCAACAACAACAUGUACUGACAAUACUUGUAAUACUCACAAUACCCACGAUACAAUAA